UAACUCACGCUGAUAUAAAGCGGCAAAGGAAACAGAAGGUCUCGGGUGGUUCACGCACGCGAUCGCUCCACGUUCCAGGCACAAACGCCAGCAACACAAAACCGCGACCUUUAAAAAUUAUUUUUCUACCCCCCCUCUUUCAGUCAGUGAUCCACUUCAGUGAAACAGUACCCUCGUCAGUUGGUCUCUGACUACCGUCAGCACCAGUCGUGACUGAGACUCGCAGUUCAUACUUUUCAAUACGCUGAAUCGUUCACGCUGGAGCAGCGUGGCAAUUCUUUUUAAAGUUUGAAGACAGAGACUAUUCUUGUUCGAUCAUCAUCAAUCGAUUUGUGUUUUUUCUUUUCUUUUUAACCUGCCCAUGUUGAACGAUAAUUUUUUUUAGUUCUACGGAAGCGCUCGGCGGAUUGACGGCUGUCUCAUUCAACUGCCAUUAUUUCGGACGGACUAUUUAUAAAACGGUGAAAACCCAGAUAAAAAAAAAAUUAAAAAAGAAAGAAAAAAGAAAAUGGAGGCUUGACGAAUUAAUUCUUUAUUGGUUCUCUUCUUGGCCCCAGUUUGGCCAAACGGCAUGAGAAAUGAAAUACCUUGUCACGACAGCAAGAAAAUAGUGAAGUAGAAAUUAACUGGAUCGGCUGUUUUGAGCUUUCAGUGGUUGUAUCACGUUGGUGUCGUUAUUGAAACAAUCCGAAAAGACAAUACAAAGAUAAGGGAGGACUUGUGUGUUUUCUAAAAUACGUUUGGGAAAUUGGUGACGCUGUUCGUGUGAAGUGGCUUCGUCAUCAUGAUCGCCAGGCUGCGUUACGUCGUCUUCGCUUUCUCGUUAGUCGCAAGUGGUUGUUGCAAUGUGGCUGAUGUCUCCAAGAAUGAAGCGUCCAUCGUUACAUCAUCGAUCACUACGAUAGCUGACGGGACCGUGAUGGCAGCCAAAACAGAGUCUCCGCUAGCGCCACCACAGUCCAUGAAUCUAGAAACGUCAUUCGACUCAACGAAAAACUCGGAUGAUAAGAUCCUUUCGCUAAAAGGGCCGCGAUUCGUCCCGGAAGCUUCGAAAAACAUCACUGCCCUGGCUGGCCGCGUCGCUUCGUUGAAUUGCCGAAUUAAGAACUUGGACAACUGGACGGUUUCUUGGGUACGCCAUCGUGAUGUCAGUUUGUUAACGGUGGCUGGCUAUACGUACUCUUCCGAUCAGCGAUUCCGGGCAGUGCACAAACCUUAUUUCGGCGAGCAGUCUCUGGCGUCGUCAUCGCAAGCCGGCGCCACAUCCAGCGGCAGUAAACAGCAAGUGCAGCAUCUCAACAGCGAUCUGGAGAGUCUGACAGACACUUACCAAGAUUGGGGUUUGGAAAUUCACUCGAGCCAACCGCGUGACAGUGGCAUCUACGAAUGCCAGAUCAGUACGACACCGCAUCGCAGUCUUUUCGUGCACCUCAGAGUUGUUGAGCCAAGUACGACGGUCCUGGGAGGCAGUGAAGUCUUCGUUGGAAUGGGCAGUACCAUCAAUUUGACGUGCGUCAUCCGGCUCAGCCCCGAACCGCCAAACACCAUCCGCUGGCAGCACAAUAAUCAAAUGAUUGGCUACGAUUCAAAUCGAGGAGGAGUGAGUGUCGUCACGGAGAAAGGCAUCGAAUCGAGUAGCUCUCUUCUGAUUCAAAACGCUCGACCUGCCGAUUCGGGAAAAUACGUAUGCCGUCCGGACAACGCUGAACCAGCUACCGUGAACGUUCACGUUCUCAAUGGCGAAUCUCCUGCAGCCAUGCAGCACGGAUGCAGUGCCCGGCAACUGAGUUCGACGGUCCUGUUCUUCUUGUCAGUUGCCAUGGCGGUAGCGACCAACGUCAAGACUCAAAGAAAUAUCUGGUCGUUCAUCUACGGUGUCACGUAAGAUUGAUGGUCAUCAGUUUUUACACCAAAUGCCAGUGACUGCUGUCAACGGUUGCCCAUCUGCAACAGUCGCCUGAUGCGUUUCUCGUUCGGUUUCUACUUUCUUUCUUUUGUGUUCCGCACGCGGCAUCAGGUUGUAAUGUGGGGUCUCUUCACUUACACGAAAUAUACUAAAAUAACGUGAAUCCGCGUUUAACUGGUGAAAAGAAAUUUAAUAGUCUGACGUAUGAUUGACACCAAACCCCCCCAAAAAAAUUCUACAUUAUAGAAUCAUGAUCUAUACAAAUGUUUGUAUGUACAUAGUGCAAUUUGUUGUAUACAAAAUGUUUCCACGUUCAUGUCCUGCGGUUUUGCUGACAGUUGUUUCGGAAGAAGCUGAACAAUUCAGCGGUUGGUAGACCACACUGAUUGCAUCAACAUUGAAAAACUACUGAAAUUUAUGUAUCUCAUGUGAAUAUUUCCAUUGCAUAACUUGAUUCGACAGCCCCUGUUUGAAAGAUUAUUGACACGACUAUGUCACCCAUGUGCACGUCAUUUUGUGUAAGGAUUUCUAGUACCUUUGCUUUUCCAUUGGCUCUCUUCGCUUUUCUUUCUCUCUCUUUCUCUGUGUGUGCGUUGCGUAACGGAGAACGUUGUUAUUGUUCUUGUUUUCGUUGAAACAGCACAGUUUCGUUUCUGUUUCUUCUGUUGUCUUUCCUUCUUUCAUCCCCCCCCCUUUUCUUUUACCUUCCUUUUUGCUGGCUUAGUAUCAUUAUAUCCGCCAUAUGCUUCUAUCGGUAGAAAGAAAAAAACGUCGAUCUGAAUCCUCGUUUGAUUUAUGAGUGUCCAUAUAAUACUGUGUAUACGUACGUGGUGUGUCUAUAUACGCCGACAAAAUCCAUUUUCCACUCUUUUCGGCAUAUUGAAGAGAAGCCUAAACACACACGAGAUGGUUGAGGAAAAGGUGGUUCAUUCAAACCGGAUAAAAGAGAAAAGGAAAUAGAAAGCAAAAAAAUAAAAGAGAGAACAAAGAA